AUGGAUUCGGAGCUCAAGUUUCCUCUUGAUCUAGGACGAUCCAAACCCAGAAGAUUCAGUGCUGAAGAUAUCGAGUUACUCGAGCAGAUGCAUGCUAGAGUUGUUCAGAUGCACUCGAGUUUUCGAGAAUGGAAAGAGGAGUUAAAGUCACAGCUAAAAGCGCAAUUAGAAGAGCCUAAAACGCUUGAGAACGUCGAAUCGUUGGAGCAUAUUCCUGUUUUACAGGUCCAUGGCGCUUUGGAUCGAGAAGAAGAUCGAUCCAAAACGGAAGAACAAAAGCUGAUUCUUCCUCUUGGGAAUAUUGUCGAACACCUGGGGUGCGAACCAUCUCUUAAUCAGCAAACGUUGCCUACGAUGAAACCAUCCGCGGAACCUGAAACAAUCAAACUCGAUCCAUCUCUCGGGCAACAAUACCUAGAGGGUAAGGGUUUGUGCUGA